UUUGACAAUUAUUGUGUCAAUGUAUUCCAUUUAUAUUUAUACAAUUUUAUACACUUUUUCGCAAUGUCCAAGGAAAAUGAUGAAAAAUCUGAAGUAAAAGAGGAAACCCCACCCGAACAACACAAAACUGAUGAAAAGAACAUUGAAGUUUUACACCGAAAUUCUAAAAAACUUAGAGAAGAUUCAGAUGAGUCUGACGUUAUAGUAAUAAAUACCGGUAAAAGAAAGCGAGGUAAAAAAUCUGAAACAUCGGUUAGAGUUAAAAGGAGGAAGACAAUUAAAAUAAUAAUUAACUCCGAUGAUGAUGAUGAUGAUAACAUUAUCGAUUUAACAAAAUUGGACCAAAAGUCAUCCUGUGAAACUAACAUAUACGAUCCAAGUCCCAUAACACAAAAAAAGAAAAAAGGUUCUCUACGGCCCAUUUUUAUAGACGGCAGUAAUGUGGCUUUUGCUCAUGGUAAAAACAAAUUUUUCUCAGUAAGAGGCCUCCAAAUAUGCAUAGACUACUUCAGAAGGCGCGGCCAUAAAGUCAAAGCUUUUGUUCCAAACUUCAGAGCAAGAAGAAAGCACUGCUCGGACUCUAGAUGGCUUCAAAAGUUGGAACGCAAAAAUCUAGUGGUAUUCACGCCGUCUUUAACUAUUAAAAAUGAGAGCAAAGUACCGUACGAUGAUUGGUACGUUGUGCAAAUGGCCGCCAAGCAGGAUGGAAUCAUCGUUUCCAGGGAUAAUUUCCAGGAUAUUGCCAGGAUUGAGCCCAAGUUAAGGUUUUUUGUAGAAGAAAGGAGGCUUGUACCCACUUUUGUGGAUGAUACAAUUAUUUUUCCCAUGGAUCCUUUGGGGAAUAGGGACUAUAAUCUAGACGAGUUUUUAAGGUAUUAGUUUUGUAAUGUUUAUGUCAUGAAUAUACAUUGUUCCUAAUUUUGUGUUUCUUUCAAAAUAAUUCGUUAUAUAAUC